GCUGCCCAAACCUACAUCAGACAAACAGCAGAGACAAUCAGCAGACACAUCCAGGAAAGGUCUAAACAAACCCCAUAGCUCAAGUUUGAACAAAAAGGAGAGGAUGCAGAUCUUAUUCAGUCUGAUCGCAGCUCUGACGCUAGUCAGUCGAAUCUCAGCGAGGCUCUUAAGAGAGAAAAGGCAGAAUGUUUACGUGUUUACUACAGACGAUGCAAGUACAGAGCUUUCUUCCCUUUGCCAAAAUGGUGGUAGUGCCUUAAUCUAUGAGGGGGCACAUUUGUUGUGCAUCUGUCCCGACGGAAUUUCGGGAGAGUUCUGUGAAAAAGUCACCUCUUCCCCCGUUGCCCCUGCCAACUGCUACACUGGUAUUGGGCUUUAUUAUGAGGGCACAGAGUCACGGUCACGGAGCAGUCGGAGAUGUCUCAGGUGGAACUCAGACACCAGUGAUGAGAAUAUCUGGACAUCUAGUUUAGAACGGAACUACUGCAGGAAUCCUGACUACAGCCGUAAGCCUUGGUGUUACGUAAAAACAGCGUUUGGUCCCAUUAAAGAAUACUGCAACAUCCCACCCUGUGUCAGAGUGCCUGUAGGACCAACAGUUCAACCUUAUCCCAGCAAGCCAGACAAUGCUAGACCAAGUGUUCCUCAACCCACUCAACCAGGCACUGAGCACACCUGUGGCGACAGACAAAACAAGCUGAUGAAGAUCGUGGGCGGAUCCGUGACACCUGUGGAAUCCCAGCCAUGGAUGGCGGCCAUCUACUGGAAGAGCUCCUCCCACCGGAAGUCCUUCCUCUGCGGGGGCAGCCUGAUCGCCCCCUGCUGGGUGCUCACGGCAGCACACUGCUUCUCCGAUGGUCAGAAGACCAAAGCCAAUCAAGUAUCUGUGAUCCUUGGGAAGAGUGCUAUCAACGAGACAGUUGAGAUGAGUGAACAAAACUUUGACGUCACUGAAGUAAUUGUUCACGAGGAAUUUGACAACAGUCAGGGAAGCUUCAAUAAUGACAUAGCCCUUCUGAAGAUCCAGUCCUCAACAGGACAGUGCGCCAAGGAGUCCGACACCGUGAGGACAGUGUGCCUGCCAGUGGCCAGUCAGGCUCUGCCUGCCGGAGAUGCCUGUGAAAUCGCUGGGUACGGGAAAGAGAAAGAGGGUUUAUGGUACUAUUCCCAGUACUUGAGAGAGGGGAAAGUGGACCUCAUAUCCCAGGACGUGUGCUCGAGUAAAACACACUACGGAAACAUGAUUACAGACAACAUGUUCUGUGCGGGCAGCCCCAACUGGUCAACGGAUGCUUGCAAGGGAGACUCCGGGGGUCCGCUGGUCUGCGGAGUGAACGGUCGCAUGGUCCUCUUCGGCGUCAUCAGCUGGGGGGAUGGCUGUGCCAAGGCAUUCCGCCCGGGGGUGUACACCAGAGUUAGCAACUACAACAGCUGGAUCGCCAAACACACGGCUCAAGCCUCUCCGAAAGCAGACACGACUCGUUUACGGGAGUGAGGGGCGGGCGAGGGGCCCAUCUCACUUCCGAGCCGUGACAUGCCGACUGACUGCGUUAAUCACUGAGAGGUUCCCAACGUGACGGGUUAUGAGUUGCUGCGCAGCACAUUAAGAAACGUCGCCCACACAAAGCUCUUUUGAGCCGGUCGAUAGUGUGUAAGACAUUUUCUUCUAACAUGUAAUUUAGAAAUGAAACAAGAAAUAAAAUUAAGACUAAACGAUCUAUCUCAGAACUAAUCCAUUAUAGCCCACUGGAUAAGGUCAUAUAGGUCCAGUGACACAUGGUUUUAGUUGGGAGCAAUUUUGGUGUGUUAGAACAUUCCUAAGGGAAAAAUGUGCGAAUAUCAGACAUCCUACCAGUGAUCUUGGUGCUGUAAAACUCUUGUGGUUGAUUCAUGUAAUCCACUAAUUAACUUAUUUAACUAAAUAAGUCUGGAAUUGUGCACACAUUUGUACCAUCAGCCUCAACUGCUCCCACACUAUACCACAAUUUGUCACUUGAACCCUUUGAACUAUCAUAGUGUAGGAGGUCACAUUGUUUUAUAUGCUAAAUCGUUUAAAAAGCUUCUGCAAAAAUCUAAUUUAGAUUUGGGGCGAACUUAGUCACCGUCACCUUUCUGUGAAUCACUGCUGCUUUAGUUUUAACAUGUCUUGAACCAUGACCACUGCUAUUUCAUGACUAGAUAUCUUGUGUAAAUAGAGUAUAUUUUAUAUCUACUUUUUGUGCGUUGUGUGUGUCAUUACAUUUAUCAAAUGUACAGUUGCAGUUCAUGUUUUCCUUCUCUUUUUUAUGUGACACUUUUAUCAAAUAAAUUA